AUGGCCGGUGGCUACUGCAGCACCUUUCGCCGCAAGGGCUACACUUUCGACGCCGCCACCCACUUCUAUCCCCUGCUCGGCAACCCAGACACACUGACCGGCAAGCUGCUCGGCGAGCUCGGCGUCGAAACCGGCUGGGUGAAGAUGGAUCCGGUCGAUACAUUUCACUUUCCCGAUGGCAGUAAGUUCGAGGUGCCGUGCGAGCUCGACGAUUACCUGGCGUCGGUCAAGCAAGCCUUCCCGCUGGAGCGCGACAACCUCGACCGCUUCUUCAGCGAGGUUCGUGAAGCCUACUUGCUGGGGUUGCUAGCGUAUUUUCGUGGGCGCGAGACGCCGCGACUCGCGCGCUACCGCGACCUGUCGGUGCGCGAGGUCCUGGAUCUUCACUUCAGUGAUCCCAAGCUCAAACUGCUGCUGACUGCCGAUUGCCCGCACUGGGGCUCGCCGCCAAAGCGUACUUCGUUCGUGUUCGAUUCCAUGCUGCGGCUGUCGUACUUUCUCGGCAAUUACUACCCGGUGCACGGAUCGCAAGCCUUUGCCGACGAGCUGGCGCGCUGUUUCGAGGCCCGAGGUGGCCACAUCUUGAUGAGCACUUGCGCCGAGCGCAUUCUGGUCGAGGACGGCCGCGCCCGAGGCGUCGAACUCGAGACCCUACGCGGCCCGCUUCGCGGCCGCCGCCGGGUGUUGGCGCGGACGGUGAUCUCCAACGCCGACUUGCUGCACACCCUGGACCGGCUGCUGCCCCCCGGCUGUGUGGACCCGGCCUAUCUCCAGCAAGUCCGGUCGAUGCGGCCCAGCUUUCCGUGUUUCCUGACCCACAUCGGCUUGCGCGAUAUCGAGCCGGAGGUGCUCGAAGCGGUGCAAGGCUACUACUGGAACGGCUGGGAUCCUGAUCUGGUAGGCCGUGGCGGGCUGCGCUGUAAAGUCUUCGUGCCGACAAUCUACGAGCCGCGGAUGGCGCCUCCGGGCGGGCAGAUCGUCAUUCUGCAAAAGGUGCAGGAGAUCGACUACCAGCAGAUCGACGAUUGGGAGGCGCACAAGGACACAGUGGAAGACUAUGUGGUCUCACACCUCGAGGACAUAGUCCCUGGCAUCGCCGACAAGAUCGUCGUCCGGCUCAGUGCCUCGGCCCUGACCUCAUGGCGUUUUACCCGCAACAGUGUCGGUUCCAUGCUGGGCUGGGAAAUGUCUCCCGAUCAGCUCGGCAGCGGCCGUCCGGAGACCGCCUCACCAAUCGAGAACCUCCACUUGGUCGGUCAUUGGACUCGACCCGGUGGCGGCAUCACGCCGGUGAUCGUCUCGGCUCAGCAGGUCGCCGCCGCGGUCGCCGGCUCGACGCCGUCUAUUCCCUGGCCACUUGAUGGCUUAGCCGAAAACGCGGCGAUCGCGAACAGCCACUGCCCGAGGAGCUGGUGA